UUUUUUGACAUUGGAAAUAAAAAUAAUUUUAAGAAAAUGAGGAAAAAGGAGGCAAAUAUAAGAAUAAUUAUAUAAUUCAAUCCCUUUUGAGCAUCUGUCCGGAAAAAAAGGAAAGACCAGAGAUGGCUGCAUAUUCACUCAUUUCUACGGUCUUCCACUCUUCUCCAACUUUCUCUUCACUUUCUCGCUCAACAAACAGGACCCCAACUCUCUACUUGUCUAAAUCUUCAUCUUCUUCUUCAUCAUCAUCAUCACCACCAUCUUCCUCCUUCCGCAGAACUCCCAUCUCUAUCGUCUCUCUUCUCCGCCACAAGUCCCAUCAAAAUCAGACUCACCACAUCACUCCACUUAAUUCCUUCGAACCUUCUUCCCUCUCCAGACUACUCUCCUCCAUUAAGCCCCUUUCAAUUUCUCUCGAUUCCUUCCUCGUUCUCUGUACCUCCCUAGCUUUGUCUUUUUCCCUCUGCAUCGCCGAUGUGGACCCGGCCUCCGCAUUUGUGGUCACCACGCCGAGGAAGUUGCAGUCCGAUGAGCUCGCCACAGUUCGUCUUUUUCAGGAGAACACACCUUCUGUCGUUUACAUUACCAAUCUUGCAUCCAGGCAGGACGUGUUUACACUCGAUGUUUUGGAGGUUCCGCAGGGUUCUGGGUCGGGCUUUGUUUGGGAUAAAGAUGGUCACAUUGUGACCAACUACCAUGUGAUCCGAGGUGCUUCUGAUCUCAAGGUUACUCUUGCUGACCAGACAACAUACGAUGCUAAAGUUGUUGGAUUUGAUCAAGACAAAGAUGUUGCUGUGAUACACGUUGAUGCACCUAGAGAAAAAUUGAGACCUAUUCCGGUUGGCAUGUCAGCAGAUUUGCUUGUCGGUCAGAAAGUCUUUGCUAUUGGCAAUCCUUUUGGACUUGACCAUACUCUUACUACUGGUGUUAUUAGUGGGCUUCGUCGAGAAAUCAGCUCUGCGGCUACAGGCCGUCCUAUUCAAGAUGUCAUACAGACUGAUGCUGCAAUUAACCCCGGUAAUAGUGGAGGGCCACUUUUAGACAGUUCUGGAAAUCUUAUCGGGAUUAAUACAGCUAUAUAUUCUCCAUCCGGUGCAUCUUCUGGUGUCGGGUUUUCAAUUCCAGUUGACACUGUAAAUGGUAUAGUUGACCAACUUGUGAGGUUUGGUAAAGUUACAAGACCUAUUUUGGGGAUUAAGUUUGCACCAGAUCAAUCUGUGGAGCAGUUGGGGGUUAGUGGGGUGCUUGUUCUGGACGCUCCUGCCAGUGGUCCUGCUGGCAAAGCGGGACUAAAACCAACUAAAAGGGAUACCUAUGGAAGACUCAUAUUGGGUGACAUCAUUACAUCUGUGAACGGGCAAAAAGUAUCUAGUGGCAGUGACUUGUAUAGAGUUCUAGACCAAUGUAAAGUGGGCGACAAGAUAUCUGUGGAGGUGUUGCGUGGUGACCACAAGGAGAAAAUCCCUGUAGUACUGGAGCCUAAGCCAGAUGAGUCGUAACAUAUUGAUUGGACACUGGAUUUAUAAUACACCUCAAAAAUGAGAGAUGCAUUAAUCCUCACUGAAAAUGGUUCUUGUACAUAUUUUUAUUUAUUUUUGUGUACAUACUAACACUAUCAAGUUCAAUUGUCAUUGCAUGCCAACAUUAUCAUGACAUUUGCUUUGGAAACAGCCUAUAUUUUCAUA